AUGCACUUCAGCGACCUUGCCUGGGAGGAGAGCUGGCCACAGAUACCGUUGGGAUGGCAGGUUGGACAGUACCUCAAGCGCUACCAAGAACGAUACUUGUCUGGGCAUGAAAGCUUCUCGCUCGAACUUGGGACUCGCGUUGCAAGUGCAGUGCCUCGCGAUGGUCCAGAGCACGGCUGGAAUGUGGUAUUGAGAAAGGGCGAGAGCGAAGAGACCAAGUCGUUCGACUAUGUCCUCGUGGCAUCCGGCUUCUUUGGAAAGCCCAUCAUUCCCGAGUGUCUGAGCCCGCCCAAAAAGGUCCCUAUCGUCCAUAGCAGCGCAUACCGCGACUUGGAGAGCUUGCUGAGCGAUGCAAAGCCGGGCGGUGGGAAGAUCCUGGUGAUAGGUGGGCAGAUGUCGGGGGUAGAGAUUGCUGGGACGAUUGGUUCCCAUCUUUCCAGUGCCAUACAUUCUCCUGAGAGCAGCAAGAUCCCGGACAUUGACAAGUAUAGCAUUCAUCACGUUAUCCAGCGGCCGAUAUGGGUGUUUCCCCUCUACACCAGCCCGGAAGUACGGUAG